AGAUACUACAACAUCUCAGGAACAAUCUCAUUCCGAAGCGGAGAUAACCAGACGUGGAGAUGGCCACAGCUGGCCUCUAAGCACCGACACCUUCAUUUGGAGCUGUGAUUACGAGUAAUAAGAAGACGAGCACGACGAACAAGAUGGCGGGUGCAAGUACGCCGUUUGAGGAGACGACGCCUGUUUGGCCGACUUUGGUUUCGACCUUGGUGAAUAUCGUGAGAGCCGCCAAUGAGCAGGACAUGGCGCAGUAUGCUCCGUGGCCUCCUGGUAUGGCGGAGCCCGAGCGGGAUCCCCGCGUAAACCUGAAGCAAAGGCAAGGUCUCGACGUUCUCUUGCCAAGAAUAAAACCCGUUGGCGGCAUGCCCACUGUCCUUUUUGUCUAUUCCAGUUGUGGGCUGUCCCUGGGUACGCGGGAAAUGUACCAGGCUUUGGCAACGGACUUGGCAUGGAAAAGCGUCUGUUCGGUAGCGUUAUUCGAUUGCUGGCAGUACAGUACAAACGCGGCAGCGUUCGCAGAAAACUCACACAGAGCUUCAACCCACGUCUCACGUAAAAGUCCGAGAGCCGAAGGUGCCACCUCGAAAAGAACAACGGCUAGAAAUACACGCACUAGUGGUACUGGAGGUGCUGGUACUGCUAGAGUUGCAAAGAAGAGCACCACCUCGACUACAAGAUCCACAAGUAGGAGUCCCACUUCUGCACUUGAUAAAUCCUUCCUGCUAACAUCUGACCCCCAAUCCGCGGCAAGCACACCAGCAUCGUCUAGAAAAGGUACCCGCGCGACGACAGACUCUCCAAACGCAAAGCCUUCUCCGCUAGAUGUCCUAGAAGGAAUAUUUGAGGACUCGAGACCCGACUUUUUAGUUGGCGAUUCACAGGGAGCGACGCUUUGUUUGCUUUUAUUAGCUCGUUUAUCCGAUCGCGUGCGAAGAAAGAAGGAGGCAAAGGCUGCUGCUGCGGUUGCUUCAUCAUCUUCCUCUGCAUCAAAUGAAGAGGUCAGCAGGAACUACGAAGGAUUUGAAACCCCCUUAUCCAGAAACCAACGUGGGAACCAAGAACGAGGAGUUGUGGUACUAGAAGACGAAGACGCGAAUACCGAUAGUAGUACCCCACUGCUUCGUGGCGGCGUUAUUUUGCUCUCACCUUGGGUUGACUUGACAGAGACAGCGCAGUUAAGCACGAAGGCAGGUGCACACGACUACUUGACGUCUACUGUGCUAACCAGAGUUGCCCAUGAAUUUGCGGAGCAAAUGUUCCCAGCUCCUCCCGCGCAAACAAACAGAUCGUCCGCAAGUAGAACUCGAACUUCUCGUGAUGUAGAUGGACUACAGCAAGGUAGUAGAUGGACGUCUCCCGCCUCUAGUAUUUCCAAAAGCAGGAUAGAGAACAAACGUGAAGCAUCGUCUAGCAGAUUUUUGAGAGAGCAGAACAGCCGUAGAAGGAAUUCCAGUUUUGGGAGUAGCGAAGCAUCCUCGAAGCGAAGGCGGGCCUCCGUUGACAGUUUCCUUUCUAGCGAAGGCGGCGCUAGCACUCAAGACGGCGAGGGGGAUGGACCAUGGCAGGACGCGAGUCCGAAAACCGAGAAGUCCACAGAGAAGUCCAGCACAACUCAACAAAGUAGUGGGAGGAAAAGAGCAGUGGCAGAGGGUGGUGGACAAACAAUAGAGGAUGAUGAAGAUGAUGUGGACGACACACCACCUGGAGUGCGAGAAACGGGAGCAUCUUCACUAGGAUUCGGAAUUUCGGAGUUUUUUGGUUUCGCGACCCGGGAAAGCGGAGAGAAAGCGCAGAAACGGAGUUGGGUCGAUGCGGUGAGCCCGCGAGGACAUUCGGAUUUAGUAACAACGCUAGAAGAACAGCUUAAGCGCAUAUCGCCGCUGCACCGAGACUUCACUGCCAAAGGACCCAUGGUUAACAUUACAACUGCAAAAGUAGCACAGUCUUCAACUGGUGUCGCCGCAGCACUCGGAGGAUUAGCAACCGAGCGGCCUCCAUUAGCUCAUAUUUGUUCGCGACUGCACAUCAUAUACGGUGGGCGCGAGCUGCUGAGGGACCAAAUUCGGGAGUUUGCGCGGAGACUGGUUGCAGAGUACAACGCGAAGCCGCUCGUGGCUCCUCGCCAGGCUUUGAUAGGGGCCAGCACCGGAACCACCAGCGCCCCGGCAACGGAGGACGGCGUGCAUGUUCGCGUGGACGAGCUUCCGGAUUUAUGCCACAGCAUGCUGCCUUUGUU